CAAUAAUACGGACCCAGUUGCAGUUAAACGAGAAAGAAGAAGACCAACAUGGCGUCCCUUAACAGUGACGAGUGGAGAGCUAUCUGCGAUAAAUUCACCAACGCCCAAAACCUUACUGAUGUAGAAUCACGAAAUGACCCGGAAAAUGACCCGUUUCGUUCCAAAUACAAGGCCAGGGAGCUCCUCAGAGAGAUAUACUGCUCGCUGAAGAGUUUCGAGGCCGGCGAAGGUGAGGAGGACGGCGGCGGAGAGAGCGGCGACCAGCGGCCGACAGAGCCGCCGACAGAGCCGCCGGUGGACGGGCAGAGGGAGGAUGUGUUCGGUCAGGGCUUCAGCGGCGACUCGCCAGCCGGGCUGCGGGCCGCUAAACUCGGGGCUGUGGAGUACUAUCUGGGCGUCAACCAUGUCGACACAGAGGAGCUGUCAGCCGGGCAGGAGCAUCUGAUGAACUGCAUGAAACUGCUGGAGAGAUGCAGAGUGUCGUGCGAGAAUGUGUCGCUGUUUAUCCAUGUCAGGAACCAGUUGGGCAUCCUUUGGGCAGGCCGGGAUGAGACAGAGACGGCUCAGGGAUUCCUUGAAACAGCAGAAUCCAUCUAUCAACAUUAUAUGAAUGAGGAUGGGAGUCCUCCCACUGAUAUGUCAGAGUACUUCACUACUGAGGAGAAGCUCCUGACACAUCAGGAAAGGACCAAGAGGUUUGAGUUGGCCUACACCCAUACCAUGUACUACCUCGCUCAAGUCUAUAAAAACCUUGGUCAAACUGAGCGUGCUGCCACCUACUGCCACAGUACCCUGCAGAGACAGUUAAAGCUAAAUCAGUUCAGCCCAAUGGAGUGGGCUCUGAACGCUGCUACACUUUCACAGUAUUACAUCACUAAGGGCCGAUACAUGGAAGGCAGACAUUGCCUCUCAGCAGCUACUGUCAUCUCAGGUUUGGCAGGAGAGGUUCCUUCUGAGGCUGCAGCACAGGAGAGUGAGACAGAGAGUGAGCGCAGGGAACAGCUCAGACAGAAGAGAGCAGAGAUUGCGAGAUGUUGGAUCAAAUACUGUCUCAACAUCUUGCAGGACGCUAAGAAGCUGCUAGAGGACAACAUUGGGGAGCUGGAUACUGAUCGCCAAGAAGAGUUGAAGAGAGCGAGAAGAGUUGAGGAGGAGGAGGAAGAGAAGGGCAGGAAGAGUGCUCUGCUGUUUGGCUCUGAAGAUACCUUCGACUCCAUUGCUAGUCUGGAAGAGAAGGUGCCCUGUUUGCUUCCACUGGACUUUACUGAGGCCAGAGCUGUAUUUCUGGUGGGACAGAAUUAUGUCACACAGGCCAAGGAGUACUUUCAGAUGGAUGGCUAUGUGACGGACCACAUAGAGAUCUUGCAGGAUCACAGUGCUCUUUUCCUGGGCCUGGCUUUCUUUGAAGAGGAUCUGGAGCGGCGCUGCAAAAUGCACAAACGACGAGUUGACAUGCUAGAGCCAAUCUGCAUUGACUUGAAUGCCCAGUACUACCUAUUGAUCCGCAGACAGUUGAUGUUUGAGUUGGCUGAGAUCUACAAUGAAAUGAUGGACUUGAAACUGACACUGGCCAACAGACAAGCAGAUACACAGUCUCUAGAUAGUCAUGCCAUUAAGAAAUUCAACCAUCUCUGCUCUGCCUCUGCCAAAUACUUCCAGAUGUUCCUAGACUCUCUGUGUUCUCCAGAGGGGAAGCUUCCAGAGCACCUGGAGGAGGAGGUGCUCAGACCGGCUCUGGUAGCCCGCUUUAGAGUGGCCCGACUCCACAGCCGGCUGAUCUGCUCUUCACCCUCUGCUCAGCUGGACAACCUCAACAAGUCUCUGGAAAACUACAAAUACGUGGUGCAGUAUUGUGAGGCUCACCCCGAGGCAACAGCUGCUGUGGAGACAGAGCUGGAGCUGAGUAAGGAGAUGGUCGGUCUGCUCCCUCUCAAAAUCAACCGCCUCAAAGCAAGGAUGGCUGCAAACAACUGAAGGACGCCGCUGUUCACUGACUGACCUGUUGGUUGACCAAUAGUGUUAAAUCCAAAUAAGCCAGUCAAUCUAAAUUUACCGCCGUAUAGUCAAAGGACACUCCCAACAAUUAUAGAAACUGGAUGGCAUAUUGACUUUCUUGCUUCUUGCUUUGUAUUGGCGGUGGCCUUUUUCUUUUGUGCAGUCAGUGGGCAUGCUGCUUUCACAAGUCUUUUGAACACAUUACAUGCUGCACAUAUGUGCUUUCCUCUGUAGUAGUAAAAUGUGUGGAGCUAAGAAAAUAUGCUGUCUUCAAAAUUAAUAUGAAAAUGUAUUUCUCAUAGUACUAAGAAAUAAUUGAGAAUGGUUGAUGAUCUCUUUUAUAUUUUCAACUUUGAAUUGAAUGUGAAUUGACCCAGAGCUGUUUGUCUCUUUACAUCGAUGCUUUCUACCCAACCAGAGUGGUGUAAAAAUAUCUUUGUAGGUUUAUCACUAAAAUGUCACUUUGGACUAAGUGAGUCCCCGUAACAUCCUUAUGGCAGAUAUGUACAUAAUAAAUUUUUGUUUUGUUUUAUUUUAUUUUACAAUUCAGGUGUCCUCUGUGACCCUAGUCUGACUCAUACUUGUUUUCUAUUGUUAAUCAUAUUGGUUUUUUUUUAUUUAAUGUGGCUUUAUUUUCUGUAAAGCACUUCAGCACACUAAAAUUCUGUUACUUCAGCUACUUUAUGUCUCUGAUGGUAAAACAAAUGUUAUGGCCUACUGUAACCAGGGUUAGUGUAACCAUGGUAAUAACAUUAGGCAGCCAGGGGUACAGAUAGUAGAGUUGAUCCAGAUUGUCUUACUGACAGGUUGCUGUUGCUCCUUAGAGCUGAGAUGCUUGUUCUGCAAAUCGUCAGAAUGACUGUCCCAGUGACAGUCAUUAAGUGGACUUGACCACACUGAGGCUGGUUUAUUAGACAACAUAAUCUGCAUGAUGCCAGCUCGUCCAGUUGAACCUGUGUAUUUUCUUCCUGCCUUGGAUGAAUCACAAUGUCAAUGUUUUAUGUACAGUAGAUGCUGUAUGUAAUGAUAAUAAAUGAAUUAAGUAAUGCACACUUA